AUGCCACUCAGCGUGUUUUUUCUUCUCUCAUCCGCGUAAAAAGGCUGCGAUCUUUAGUGACAAGCCUGUUUAUCGGUGAGUCACUGCAGCGUGGAUUGUGUGCGGUGCAUCUCCUCCUCUUCCUCACCAAAAAAAAAAAAAGAGAGUAUCUUGCAGGAGGGCGUGUCUGCAUGCCACGGAGACUGUGUUUUCCCCUUCAUAUUCAUGUGAGGACUCCACGGACACAGCUGCAGCUAGCGCGCCUUCACGGGACUUUAAAGCGGUGCUUUCUCCCUCACGUCUAAAGGGGAGUGCACAUCUGGAUUACAACAACAAGACUGACUUCGUCCAUCCAGCAUGGGGUCCAACCCAAAACAGACAGUGACCGUCCAGAUGGUGCCUCAGGUGGGGCCUGUGUUGGACACGCUUGCUCAUAAGGAAGCCAAUGCCAACUGGGUAAAGGAACCCAACUUGAAACUCUCCCAGGUUUCCAAUACACCGGAACACAAUCAGGAUCAGAUACCCAUCCCGGGACCUAAAGCAACGUCCGUCCAACCGGAUGGAACUCUUAAGACGACGGCAGACUUGUCGAAUCAAAGUUUGUCUGAUGCAGGAGGCCAGCAGAGGGAUGCUAACGCUAAUAUUAGCAACCUCUUAAGCCUGACUGAUGAAAAGGUCAUCUGUAAAAGCCACGUUGCCGCAAAGACGUCGCCUGAGGACAAGCUGGUGGUCAAAACUGCACCGCGGAAUAUCUCGGCAAAACUUGGCGAGUCAAGACACCUUACGCCGGAUAAAGGAAGCACGUCAGAGAGUCCAAAGGAAACCAAUCAUAAACGGAGGCGCUCUGUUUGUCUUCAAGAUUCGCUCCAGCUCAACACAAACUCGCCUUUGACUAAUAGCCAAGACGUAUCCGUAGACCAUCACCAGCCAGAAUCCUUGCAGAAGGAUGCCUUGCAGCAUGUCGACAGGGCUGUCCAGCAGGUCGAACCCCUCAGGAAGCUCUACAAGGAGGCCUCGACGAUGACCUCCUCGCUGUCAUCCACUCCGGUCAAGCAAAGCAGAGACGUAGAAGUCCAGGUGGUCGCCAGCACCUGCAGCAAAGCCGUUUCCACCAGCCCAGGCCUGCUGGCCUUCAGGCUGAACGCUGGCGCCCCGGAGGAGGUGCAGAGCCUCGCCGUCAUCUACCAGGCUGAUGGGAAUUUGGGAUUCCAUCAGACGGGGUUACCGCAGAGACUCCCAGCUUCUGCAGACCCGCGUUCGGAGAGGCUGACCGUCGAGGCGGAAAUGUGCCCCGCCAGAAAUGAGGCCAAGCUCGGGGUAAAGCCCAAAGAUACCGCAGCAUCCCAACUCAAGCCUGUUUAUCAAAUCAACAUUGAGCAUAGCAACCAGAAGGAGAGCGAGACUAAAAACCGCACUUCAAGACCAUCUCCAAAGACGGCGGUUCCUAGCAAGACGGGACUCGUCCACAAGGCCAUCACGACCCAGACAUCUACACCGGCAAAUAUGCCGUCCAAGUGCGUAGAAACAAAAUGUCCUCAAGAAAAGCCAAAAGGUAAAAACUCAGCGAAGGAGCCAGACUCCGGCAAGCAAAAGACUGAAGCCGUGAGAAGUGACGAAGAGGAUGAGGACCAGAAGCAGAAGGGAAAGUGCGUCCACGACGUCGUCUGGGACGAGCAGGGCAUGACGUGGGAGGUCUACGGCGCCUCCGUGGAUCCGGAGUCCCUGGGUUUCGCCAUCCAGAGCCACCUGCAGUGCAAAAUCAAGGAGCAGGAGCGGAAAUUGAUCGCUCAGACCUCCUUCCGCAAGUCCAUCACCGGCCUGGACUCGCCGCUCGCCGGCAAAAAGAACAAGCGGCGGCAGCACAACCUGUUCAGGUCCAUGCUGCGGAACGUGCGACGGCCCAACUGCUGCGUGCGCCCCCCUCCUUCCUCUGUCCUUGACUAGCGGUCGAGCCAAUGUCAGACUCCCUCCCCCUAACCCUCUCCCUACCCCCCAACCACCCGCCACAGAGGUCAGAUACUUGUCCCCCGCUGGUCACAACAGCGAUGCCACGUUAAAGCCGUACACGGGACGGCGCUUCCUGUGAGUAUCUGGGAAUGUUUGUAGACUAGAGUCGUGACGUUUGUGAUCAAGAGCGAUAUAUUGUAUGGCUAGAAAGUCAAAGGUAUAAGAGGAACAACUACUUUUAUAGGAAAAGAGUUUCUAAAUAACAGAGGCAAUAACAAUAGAGAAACGCAUGUCUAUUAGUCGCAAUGUACGCAAAGAAUAUGGCAUUAAAAAAAGGUAGCGGUCACAAGCGGGUUACUGUAUGAUUUGCUGUCAAAACUACGUGUGCAAAUACAUGACACCAUUCUUUGAUGUGUUUGAGGGGUCCCUUGUAUUUGUAAGCCUCAUUUCUAGUGAGCGCAGUUUCAAAACAAACUAAAAAGACUGUAUGCAUACACGCCUGUCUCUCAUUGGUUUUCUAUUAAAAGUGUUAG